AUGAAAAGAACAGUUGAUAUUUACAAAGCAAAUGUAAAGAAACCAAAACAGGCGAUAGGUAGCAAAUCACAGACGUCAUAUGCAGCAUACUUGAAUAGUGAUGUUAAAACCAUUGCUAAAUUGAAGGAAAACCUUUCCCAAAUCACCAACAAUUACUUUAUCAAGAAUCUACGCAUUGAACAGACACAGAAAUCCAGUGCCAAAUAGCUCAAGACCAAUUUCUCUUAGUUGAGAUAGCCCAGAUCUGCUACCAUUGAUGCCAAGAACUCUUAAAAAAAAAUAUCCAGACCCUAUGAAUCACUGUAACCGAAGAGAUAGACAGCAGUGGAAUCCACUUAGAAUCUGAUCAAACAAUAUGCCAAUCAAAAGUAGAAGACCAAUGUGGAUAAAAGAAAUUUAUGGCAUAAUUUUGUAACAGAAUCUAUAUUCAUAUUUUUACAGCUCAACAAUUCCAUCAUCGACCAAUAAGUGCGCAGAGCCUAGAGUUCAAGUACUCACAACAUGCGAUCAGAACCAAAGAGCGAUCUCAAAUAUAGAUCUGCUCAAUCUUUGCAUUACAAUCGUGAUUUCCUACAAUUCAAACUCUCCUUCAGCACCAGAACAAGACAAGGUCAAUUGGCAUCCAAUCCCAAUAAAACUAAUUAGGACACUUUCAUUUGCGAAACCAACAUCGUCUCUGACAUGCAUCUAUUCUCUGUGUGUGAUGGUCAUGGCUAAAAUGGGCAUUUUGUUUCAUAAUAUGUUAGAGAUCAUUUCACUAAAAUACUCAAAAGAGAUCAUCUAUUAAAAUAACAUCCCAGACAAGCCAUCGUCAAAUCUAUCUCCCUCCUAGCCAACCUAAUCAAUUAACAACCAUUUGACACUCAAUUCAGUGGCACCACCAUGAAUUCCAUCAUCAUCCAAGAUGGAGGACAUCUAAUCUGCUCCAAUGUCGGAGACAGUAGAGCAAUCAUUGGCAAAUUGGGAAACAAUCAAAAAUUCAAACCAUUCCCUCUAUCAAUCGAUCACAAACCCUGUCUUGAAAAAGAAAUGAAUAGGAUCCACAUGCAUGGCGGGAGAGUAGACACCUACUAUGAUGAUCAAGGUAAUUCGAUUGGACCAGCUCGAGUUUGGGUUAGAGAUGGAAAUUACCCAGGAUUGGCUAUGAGUCGAAGUCUUGGAGAUUAGAUUGCACAAUCAGUAGGUGUGUCUAGUGUUCCUGAGAUUUUUGAAUACCAAUUGACUCCUCAAGAUAAGUUCAUUAUUUUAGGGAGUGAUGGAGUCUGGGAAUUCAUUGAUAAUCAAAGUGUUGUUGAUAUUGUAGGCAAACAUUACAUUUAAGGGGAUUUGGAGGGUGCUUGCGAUGAAUUAAUGCAGAUAUCGUAUAAGAUGUGGACUUUAGAAGAUGAUUCAGUAGUUGAUGAUAUUACCUUAAUAGUUAUAUUCAUAAGCUGA